CUGUCGUUAAUAAUGACACUCAAGUUUAACAAAAACAUUUUUUUUGAAAAUGAGAUAACCUAAAUCAACAAUGAUAUCACAUUAUUGUUUACGAAAAAUCGAUCGAGCUUAUCCGGGAUCUAGGACAAUAUACAAUGUCAAAAUGGUGGAAUAUCUGAAGAGCUCCAGAAUUUGUGUUGUUAUAUUAGUCUGUACAACCGUGGGGGAACUUGCCAUUCUUGUAACAUUGGUUUCACACUGGAGAAUUGCAAGGAAUGAACUUCUGGCUCCAAAACAACAACAACUAUGUUUUCCACAUGACAAAUUUGGUUCCAAGGAAGAAAUAGAGAGGUGUCCGGAUGGUCUGAAAGAGACACACAAGGAAAAGGAAAACGUCACGGUGUGCUGUGGAGAUUUCAGCAUUGUACUAGAUAAACUGGUCUCAAAGGUCGCCCCCAUUAGAUAUAACAGCGAUACAAAUCCAGAAAUAACUGCGCUUAAUCUGACGGAUUACAACUGUCAUGCAGUUAAAGGGAAACAACCAGCCGCAAAACUCGCAGGACUAGCUACAGACAGGAAACCUGUUUAAGUUGGAACGAACUUCAAAUUAAUCUGGAAUCCACUUCCACCGUCAUACGCAUUGUCAGGACUAACUCAUCUAUCAGAUAAUGGUACAAUUAAUGUUGAACAGAAAGGCUCUUACUACGUCUACUCGCAAAUCAAAAUGAAACUUGACUACACAACGACUGAAACCGACAAUACCAUGAAACAUUACAUCCAUUUAAUAUCACGAAAGGGAACAGAAACAACACUUUUGGAAAACACAAAGUCGCGGUGUGAUAUGACAGAAUCAAGGUCUGAAGUUUCGAGUUUUGUUGGUGCCGUCUUCGAGCUGGUGGAAGGAGACCGGCUUUAUGUUGCGACAUCACAUCCUGAGCAUGUUAUUUCUGACCGUACUAACAAUUUUUUUAGCAUACUUCGUAUCUAAAGGUAUAUCGAUCAAGUCAGUACUGGUGUUUGAUGCUACUGUUUGUCUUGAAGUUAGUUACAAGUAUCAAUAUGAAAAUAUGAUC